AUGAUUUCCGAAUAACUCAAAUCAGGACCAUCUACUAAAUAGCUCAAUAGUGAUGACACUCUCAGAGUCGGAGAGUGCACCACCCAUAAAAGACAACUAGAAGCCUUCUGCACCUCUUGUCAUGUGUAUUCCCAUUAAGUUUAUCUAGUCUUAUAUGUCCUACUUGUUUGAUGUUUGGAGAUCAUAAAGGACACCUAGUUGAUUAAAUGGAUAAAGCCACCAAAGAUAUCAGAUCGUCCAUGGAUCAAGCAGCCAAAGAUGGUAAUUCAACUAUCUUCUAUUUAGGAAUCUUGAGAUUGGAAAAAACAGAAACCGUUCUCGUAGACAUUAGACAUACAAAAUUAACCUUUGAGGAAUCAAAACAAAAAGUACUCAAAGAAGUUGAACAAACCUUCGCCACCAUUUUCAAAUUGAUUAAGCAAAGAAAAGAUGAAGUUAUCAAUCUCAUUAAUCAACAUUACGAAAUCUAAGUUAAUAACAUUGACACCUAAGAAUAAAUCUGGAUGGAUAAAUAAUCAAGAGCAUAUGAUGUUAUCAAAUUAGCCAAAUCUACCAACGAUUACCAAUUAUUGGAAAAAGCAACAUACAUCUUAGAAAGUACUGCCUAUUCAUUAUUUCAGGUCUUGAAAUUCUUAGACAAACACCCACAUACAAAAACGUAUACAUCGUCAACUCUAUUGAUACAACGUUUAAUUUGAAUAACAUUUCCUUGAAUUUGUCAGAGUUUCAGAAAGGACUGCAGAAUUGGAUCAAAUUGGGUGACUCAGUGCUAAUACAAUUUAAAUGUUGA